AUGGCAGCUCUUGGUCCCAUGUCAGAAAGUUCUGGAGAGCCGCGACGUUGGCUUCUAAAACGUAUCCAAACCAAUUGGUUGAUUAAAGCAAAUACUUCAAACUCAAUGUCUUUGCACGACGACCAAAUUGGAGUUUCGGACGAUGCAGGUAUCCCUGAAUUUGAGGACGAUACUUCCAGCGACGUAGACGAUUCGUCCGCCACUCUGACUGGUCUUCAAGUCUGCGACGUGUUGCGGCAAGCAGCUGUGGAUGCAGUUGAGACUCAAGACUGGCUGUCUUAUGCUACACUUCUGGAUAUUCAUCUUGGUGCUGAUCCGGAUGAACGUUACGAUGAAGAAGAGAAAACUGCUUUGCUUCAAACACUCAACGAGGUCUUGGUGAAGUACCCCCAGAUCACGUACGAGAUUGGCUGGGAUCUUCCGGCUAUGUUGUUAGAGUUCGCCAAUUCGAGGUGGUUAACGAAUCGGUUGAUAGAAUCCGAAGGAAUAAUGCUUGUUAUAAGUGUGUUUGGUCUACUUGCCAAGAAUGGAAAUCCGAAAGAGGUGUUUCUUCGGUGUUGCGAGAUGCUUGCGGUUUUGUACAGAGAUCCUGUUCCUACGGCCGAAGAGCUUGCCGACUAUGACGAUGAGACAAGAGAAUUUGUAUUGGCCAUGCCUGUCAGGGCAUAUAAGAUGAAAUACCACCUUCUGGUGGAGUUAAUGACUGCUUCGUUGCGGCGCAUCGAGACCAAUUAUCCUUCAAGAUUCCUGGGCAUGGCGAUAUCCGCAUUUAUUAAUUUCUUUGACACUGCCGAGUUGUACGCGGGGCAGGUGUUUUUUGCCAGACGAGUCUAUACGUUUAUCAGAGACUACCUGCCUCCUCCAGCCCCGGCAGAGCCCCAAGACGACGAAGAAGAGAGACUUGCACUUGUGAAAGUGCGCGAAACUGAGGAAUACCUUCAGCGUAAGAUGUUGCGGUUCUUCUUGUCUGUUGCGGUAGAGCAGACAGUGAGUUUGUAUCCUACUGAGUGGACCUUGACGUACUUUCAGAAGAUACAAGGCUCCAAGCCACUGGCCACUGUUAACGAUGCCUUGGGCGAAAUGCAAUCACUGGAUUACUCGAUCAGGGAAGAUUCUCUGGAGAUUGUUGACAGACUCGUGAUGUUGGCCUUAUCUCUUGAUUUUGAUCUUGAAAAAAUGUUUUUGAAGGAGCUGGAUGCUACCAGGCUGUUGUUCAAAUCACUCGAUUACACCACCUCACUCGAUGCACAGAAUGACGCACUAUUCUCGCUCGUCAUUGACAACUACAACAAGACAGGGCUGCGAAAACAGCCAGACUCAUUUGAUCCAUCUUUUAUUGGAGUCUUCUUGAUGUUUACUCACAGUCUGGUGCACUCUUAUCCCGAUGCAAAGCUCUCGAUUUCCCCAUCUGACGCAAUCAAGAUGUACAUACGGUUUGCAAUUCCCGGUGUGAUUAGAGGUAGUACUAAAAUUGCUUUUCAGGAUGCUUUGUUGCAUCUUUGCUGGAGAGCUAUUUACGAGUGGGAUGGAGAUGCCGAGGCGGACUUGAGAGCGUUGGAACCGAUCCUCAUCAACACUUUCUUGCAGGUGCUGACCACGGAGAGCACCUCCUCGGUCUUCCGGUCGAAGGCCAAAAUGAUUCUGACCCUGAUUGCGAAGGUGUUGACCCUGGUCUCAGAGCAGACUGCUUGGAAUUACCUCCACAAUUCGCUUGAGACCUGUCCGUACGAGCAAGUGAAACCCACGUUUAUCUCGCUUUUGAAGGACUUGCUGCUGAGAACAAAACCGGUUAGUGUGGACAGUCUGACUCAAAAAGUGAAGGCUGCUUCUCUUGAGUCCAAAUCGACGGCGCCUGCCCUUCCACCGAGAGAGUCUUAUACCUACAUCAGUCUGAAUGCUGAUCGUCAGGACCAGCUUGAAGCAUUGGUGACUACCGCUACGGAGGAUCUCCCAACGGAUCAAAAAGAUAUUGACGUGCUUGUCGCUGUACAGACUGUCCAGACACUGUUGUCGUAUCUCAAUCUACUCGUAUUUCUUCGUGAAAAGUUUCCCAAUGAUCGGUUUGUUGCAAUUAUGGAAAAGAUCUCGGCUAAAGUUGCGGAAUAUAACAAUUCAGUAUCGGAGGAGGCCAACCAAGAGAGAAUCUCCAAAGGGUUCAACAUUGAUCUACUUACGUUGGCCAUAGACAACAUCAACGGGGCCACGAAGAAAACAUAA